UGAAAAAAAAGAUCAUAUUGACCAUCAAAUUCCAUGCCUGCCUGAACAAUUCCAUCUCACACAUCAUUUUUUCAUAAAAAAUGAAGGGCGUUCAAAUUUUCUUGCCGUUGUUUUUUGAUAAGCGGAUAAUUCCAGGCAGGCUGCACGCUCGCAAAGGAGUCAAGCGUGCUGCGUCACGGGAUGGAAGACUGGGUUAAAAUAACAUAUAAAAAUAAUUAAGGGCAAUUGUGAGCAAGGUAGCAUGCAUAUAUUCAUAUUCUUGAACAGAGUUUCACAAGGAAGAAAGGAAAAAUGGAGAGAAUGAAGAUUUCAACAAAUGCAGAGGUGUUGAGAGAAGCUGUGAACAACAUCGCUGUGGUAGAUGCCCAUGCCCAUAAUCUUGUGCCUCUUGAUUCCAAAUUUCCUUUUAUACAAUGCUUUACAGAAGCUCAAGGCGAGGCUACAGAGGAUGUGCCACAUACCCUUUCCUUCAAGAGAAGCAUACGGGAUAUUGCAAAACUGUACAAUUGUGCCACAACGUUGGAGGCAGUUGAGAAGUGCCGCAGUUUUUUGGGCCUGGAGACCAUGUGCUCAAAAUGCUUUAGUGCCGCAAACAUUUCUGCAGUUUUGAUGGAUGAUGGAAUACACAUUGAUAAGAUGUAUAAUAUUCAUUGGCAUAAGAAUCAUCUACCAGUUGUUGGAAGGAUCUUAAGGAUAGAGACUGUUGCUGAAGAGAUUCUUAGUGGGGAUCCACCUGAUGGCACGACAUGGAUGCUAGGGGACUUUACUAAUCUCUUCCUAUCAAAACUGAAGUCCCUCUCUAAAGAUGUCGUUGGUUUUAAAAGUAUAGCUGCAUAUCGCAGUGGUCUCAAUAUUAAUCCAUUGGUAACAAGUGAGGAGGCAGAUGAUGGUCUUCACAAGGAUUUACAUGCCAGUGUGCCAAUACGAAUCAGCAACAAAAACUUUGUUGAUUACAUUUUCACACGUAGUUUGGAAGUGGCUGCCUCCUCUGAUCUUCCCAUGCAAAUACACACAGGUUUUGGAGACACGGACUUGGACUUAAGACUUGCAAAUCCUCUCCAUCUUCGGCCAUUCUUGGAAGAUGAUCGUUUUAAAAAUUGUCGUAUUGUUCUUCUUCAUGCAUCUUAUCCAUAUUCAAAGGAAGCAUCCUAUUUAGCUUCCGUUUAUCCACAGGUCUUUUUGGACUUUGGCCUAGCAAUACCAAAACUCAGUGUUCAUGGGAUGUGCUCUGCAGUUAAGGAACUUUUAGAACUGGCUCCAUUGAACAAAGUGAUGUUCAGCACAGAUGGAUAUGCAUUUCCUGAAACUUUUUACCUUGGCACCAAAUGGGCACGUGAAGUAAUUACAUCUGUUCUUCUCGAUGCUUGUGAUGGUGGGGAUCUUUCCAUUCAGGAAGCUAUUGAAGCUGCACAUAAAAUCUUAAGAGGCAAUGCAAUCAAUUUCUAUAAGUUGGAUGAAGAUACGACCCAAAUUAUGAAGUCUAAGGCGGUUAAUGUAGCAGCUGAUUCUCACACUCAAUAUCUGGAAAUGAAGGAAGGGAAACCUAAAUUAAUCCGACUCCUUUGGGUUGAUAGUUCAGGUCAACAAAGAUGCCGAGUUGUUCCAGAAAAUCGUUUUUACCAAGUAGUGAGGGAUCAUGGAGUAGGUAUAACAUGUUCAUGUAUGGCUAUGACUUCAUUUACAGAUAGCCCUGCUGAAGGUUCCCAUCUGACUGCUGUGGGUGAGAUCCGACUAAUGCCUGAUAUAUCAACACUAUGUUGUAUCCCCUGGUCCGACCAAGAGAAAAUGGUAUUGGUUGACAUGCAUUCAACACCCGGCCAACCUUGGGAUUAUUGUCCAAGGACAACCUUGAGAAGAAUUGCAACUAAAUUGGAAGAAGAAUUUGGUUUGGUUGUAAAUGCUGGUUUUGAGAGCGAGUUUUAUCUUCUCAGAAGGGAAGAUAACAACAAUUGGACUGCAAUUGAUUCCACAUCGUACUGCUCAGCUGCAGCCUUUGAUGGUGCAUCACCUGUUCUGUUAGAAGUUCUUAAAGCUCUUCAAAGCAUGCAUAUUUCUGUAGAGCAGCUGCACGCAGAGGCAGGAGAUGGUCAAUUUGAAGUAGCAUUGGGGUAUUCUUCUUGUGUAUGUGCUGCUGACAAUUUAGUCUUCCUACGAGAAGCUGUAAGGGCAGUAGCAAACAAAAAUUCUCUACGUGCAACUUUUCUUCCCAAGUACUUCCCGAUGGAUGUUGGCUCUGGUUGCCAUGUACAUUUAAGUUUAUGGAAGGAUGGCAAGAACAAGUUUAUGGCUGAAGAUGAGUCAGUGAUGCGGUAUGGUAUGUCUAAAAUUGGGGAAGAGUUUAUGGCUGGUGUCUUCCAUCAUCUUCCAUCUAUAAUGGCCUUUACAACUCCAUUGCCAAAUAGUUAUGACCGUUUGCAGCCAAACACAUGGAGUGGAGCAUAUCAUUGUUGGGGAAGGGAAAAUCGAGAAGCUCCAAUCCGAACAGCAUGUCCUCCCGGCAUUUCAAGUGGAGUUGUGAGCAACUUUGAGAUCAAAGCAUUUGAUGGUUGUGCUAAUCCAUAUUUGGGCCUGGCAGCAAUUAUAGCUGCUGGAAUGGAUGGCUUGCAAAAGCACCUUAUUUUACCAGAACCUAUUGCAUCAAACCCAGCCGAUUUGAAGGAAGGCACUGUGCACAGGUUACCCAAAUCAUUGGAUGAGGCUGUCAUAGCUCUUAAAAAGAAUGAAGUUCUGAAGAGGCUUCUUGGUGAUAAACUUGUAGGUGUCGUGAUUGCAGUUCGUGAGUUAGUCUGGCAGUGUGUUGAGCGAAGUUGGAUCGGGUUGCGGUUGAUUCCCAUGACUUGCGGAUUAUGGAGUUAUGUUUCUUGUAUCUUGUCAGAUGUUCCCGGAAGACCAUGCAUUGUUUUAUGCAUUUUGGAUGUUCUUACCGGUUGGUCUUUGGGCCAACAUGAUUAAGUUGUUAUUCUUUGCGGACAAUAUAAAUGGAAGUUUGUGAAUCAUUUGAGAAGACAGAAAGAUGGAGAUAGAAGACAGAGUUUAGAGAUCGAGCGAAGAUGUAGAUCCAGCGAGAUUCUGGUCCAAUGGACUGAAGUCGGAAGGGCUGAGGUCCGGAUUAGGGUAGAACCGACAGAUUGUUUCCGGAGGCUGAUUUGAUAUGUGGAUGAUCUGUGGAUCUUAUAUUUGUGUUGUAAGCAUUGUUUGUAUUCUCGACUGCGAUCCAG